UUGACUUUGACGUCCACCCCUUCCUUCCCUGCCAAUCCCAUCCAGCCUGCCACUGGCAGUACAAUUAGACAUCAAUAUCCUGUCCCCCACCACGCUCCGAAUCCCUCUCCUGUUCGACCUUUCUCGUCUUCGUCACCAACUCCCGUUCAACACCAACCACACAACAUCACAACACCCCCGACACGCAUUGGUUUCCAACAUCAUCCGACUCCGACAGCUUUUUAGUAAUUACUAAUUGCUGCGACUCCCACCACACGAACCUGCCCCUACGCUCGGUAACUGUGGAACUCGAAGGAAGCACAACGACGACGACGACGACGACGACGACAUUCACGAUCUCGACGACAACGCUUCCAACGAUUACGCAAGACAUCCAAGGGAACAAAGGGUUGCAACAGAAGGGAACCUCAACUUGCAUUUGAAGCGACUCCUGCGCCAACACUCGCACUACUUACUGUACCUUCCAUCGCCGACAUAACCAGACCCACCACAGCCGGCCACGAAGUCGAAAAAAGCGGGCACCCCCCCAGCGAAGAGAUUUACACACUUGGGACAAUCCGUCACGAACCCGUCGACAACAGCCAUCACAACAACACCAAUCCCAUUCUAGGUCCCAAUUGUCAUCCGACACUUGCUGCGGAGCCAUCUCAACUUGGGUCCACCUUCGGUGCAGAGCAGAUCCUGAUUCCACAAGCACUCCAGGAUCGCAUCCGCUGAAAGCAACCGUGAAUACAACUUCACAAACAACUCACGUCGACAGAGACCAUCAAGCAACAGCCGCACCAGACCCCCAGUCACAGGCUCGACUUUCGCGGUCGUUUUCGCGAAGUUAGCCGUCACUAUUCGCCCUACUUGCACUUGUGCGUCUGCUCGGACCCAGCGAGCAGCUUCCCCCGUCAUCAUGCCUCUGUCAUUAGAGACGCCCGUCCUGCAGGUCGACGCCAAUGUCAUCCACAAGGUCGACACUACCAACCCCGCCAACCUGUUUAGCAUGUGGACAGUCUUUGCCCGCUGCCGUGACUCCGUUCACCAAGGCCGUCGCCUUGAAAACCUGAGCUGGCGCCUCUGGAACCGGGAGACCUUUUGCUGCGAAAACGAAGUCGCCGACAUCGAGUCCUCUGCGACCUGCCAGCCUCAGGACAUCCAAAGGUAUUCGGCUGGCGAGGACAUGCCCCAACUGUCUGGUAGUGUGGAUUCAGCUUUGGAUGAGGAAGCCGUUGACUUUGGCAACGACACCGACGUCGAGCCUCUCGAAUACCUCCGCCCCCGGAUACAACGGCAGGACUCGUGCGCCAGCAACCGCAGUCGUGGUCGGGAGCGUCACAUCACCUCUGGUGAUCUCGAGAAGAUGGUAGUCUCCAUCAUCGAGGCCAAGGAGCCUCUGAAUGCCCCUCUCCCGAGCAUCACUCUCGUCUCACCUCCCGUCGAGGAGACCAAGCCUGCGCCUGUCAUCCACCAGCUCGAGCGGUCCGGGUCGACUACGACAGAGUCUUCCUGCAACACCUCUGAGAACCCCUCGAUGGAGUCGCUGCAGACCGCUGCAUCUACCGAAACUUCCACUCAGCUACGACCCACCAUCGUCACUCGUGGUUUCUCUGUCUCUCCCUCUCAACUUCCCAUCAUCCAGCGUGCCUCCGCCCAUGCUUCUCGUCAGCCCUCGCCGAGCGUGAUUCCCGAGCCUACCGAUGCUCCUGCUGCCAAGCCUGUGCAGCCUAAGAAGCAACAGGCUCGCUUCGCAUUGGGCGCGUCCAACUCGGGCGACGAUUCCUACACUGACCGCGAGCAGAGCUUCGACCACAGGAAGCAGCAGAUCCCUCUUCCGCCUAAGAAGAAGAUGUUCCAGGUCGGCAGGGGAUCAUCUGAGGAGGAGGAAUCCCUGCGGGACCUGAAGAGGACAGGUGCCCUUGGCAAGCAGGUCGUCAUCCAGGAUAGCUCGGCUAUUAGCGACGACUCGGAUAGCGACUAUGUCGACGAGAGCGCUAUCGAUGACGAUGAUGACUCGUCCGACUGGGAGGAUUCGGUUGAAGAAAGUGGAAAGUCGAGCGUGGAUGACAAGUUCAACUUCCAGCGUGUCGACUCCAAGGUCAACCUUACUUCUCGGCGGUCGCUCAUCACCCUGAUGCUGCACAACAACACCCGGGCGCAGAAGCUUGGCAACAUUGCCUCGCAAUCCACUUCGGCUAUCCCACGCGCCCGCACUCAGCUCAACGGACCUUCUAUGGUUCCUUCGCCGAACGACUCGGACGAAGCGCCAUUGAUGAUGAGAGGCAAGCGUGCUCCUCCUAUGCGUCCCAUCAACGAGAUUCCUAGGUCCACCGCUCAGCCCAUCAACGCGGUUGCCACCGGCUUCCACCACCAAGCUUGCCUGUCUCCUCGUACCACGCGGCGUAACAUGCUUGCCACCGAGCUGACCGAGUCCCUUCGCCGUAACCUGCUCUGGGAGAGAUCCCACAAGAACUCGACGGCCACUGCGGUGCUCAAGCGUCGCCACACUUCUCAGGAUGUCGCCAACCUUAAGCAGUAUCCGGAGCGUCCCUGCAUGAAGGACGACAACGACAAGGAGCGGUGGGACCAAUAUUUUACCAAAAAUGCCUAUAGCGGCUAUCACGCACAGGGUUGGUAAACAUUUGUUACCAUCCUACAUUACUUAUGCACAUAUUCCAACACAACAAAAGAUACCCUUGGGGCCCAUUAACUGGGUAACCCAAUUGGCAGACCGGUUCGGCUGCCGUGUACACUUGAUUCCAGCAUUGGGAGCGACACACAUUUAACGAACUUCACUGCAUGACCCGGCCGGCGUUUGAUUGUUUUUUUUUUGAUCUUCUUUUGGGCUCGCGCAUUGUACGCAUCAGCUUGGCCUUAAUAUUCAUGGUGGAUCUGGGUCAAAUGGUCUUUCACGGGUGGGACAGCCUUGGGGAUUACAGGCUGGCGUGAAAUGGCCGAUGUUUACAAUGAUGGCAUCACUGCCCUGGGUUCAUCAAAGGGAAAUGGGGGGAAAUGGGGAUAGGCGGGUUAUUUACUAUCAUGCAUUGGUUGCGGGCUUCUGAAAUCAAAUUUUCUCUUUCUCUUUUCUCAUCUGGCAACAUUGAACGGCGUUUCUUUUACUUUCUCAUCACAUGAUACCAAAGCCCUUGCGCAUUUGCCGGGGUGUUUCUUCUGUCUGUCCUUCGCGGUCCCGAUGCAACAUGCAGACCGCUUCUCACAAAACCUGUUACCUUUCACAUGUUUCACACUAGUGACUUUCCCUUUUCGUGACAGGCCUUCUUCGCGCAUGGAUGGGGGGAGGGGCGGAAAAAAAAAGGACAAAACCAGAACAGCUGCUGGCCGCGUGUACGAUACUUUUGACUUUUUGAAGAAGCUGAUCGGUCAGGGCGUCGCGCUACGCUACGGUCAAAUCCGUCCGCGUGGUUCGCGCUUCCGCCCAAUCUUUUCUUGACAGCAGAGCAGGCUAGCGCCUAGUGGAAUGCAAGUUGUUGUGAGAAGAAAACAAAAAAAGGAGAAAGCGAGCGAGCGAGCGAGCGAGCAAAACAAAACGCGAAAACGCGAAUUUUUUGAUUUUUUUUUCCAGAGUUCAAGUGUCUACAGAAAAAAAAACGGAUAGUGACAUUUCAAAAUAAUGAUGGCUGGUGACAGAAAGGCAAAAACAAAACGGCGACGGCGGCGGCGGCGAAGGACGGACGGAAGCCAUAAUGAGCCGCUCGGUGUCUUGCUUGGGGUGAGGGGUGAAAUAAGACCCCAAACAGCAGCAUACUAUUCAUAAUCUCGCGUAAGCAAAACGAAUUCAUUCAAUUUGCUUUUAUAUAUUUGCAUGUGAAUGCGACUUGAGUUGGUUGAUUGAUGCUGUGCUGUUGUGUCGGGGGUUGUUGUGUUUGGAGCCUCAAUAAUUGCGGCGGUUAUGGUACUCGACUGUUACACAGGCCAGGCAGGGGGGUAUGUAAGAAGAAACUUACGCGAUGGCAUUAAUGGGCUCCGUUGGCGCCAUGUACUUCUUCUUUUAUUUUACGUACUUGCUACCCGUUGGAAGGGGGUUGUAGAAUAUCCAUUCGUCCAUCCA